AUGGCGUCCUACGACAAGGCCUUCGAGUCCUACAAGAAGGCCCUCACCACCGCGGCGUCCGUCGCCGCGUCCAUGAUGCUGGUGCGCAGCGUGGUGAACGAGGUGGUGCCGCCCGAGCUGCGCGAGCUGCUCUUCUCCGGCUUCGGCUACCUACGCUCGCGCACGACGUCGGACCACACCAUCAUCGUCGAGAAGAAGAACGACGGGUUCGGCAACAACCACGUCUUCUGCGCCGUCAAGACUUACCUCGCCACGCGCAUGAACACCGACAUCCAGCAGCGCUUGCGCGUCAGCAGCAUGGACGAGAACGACAAGAUGAUGGUCAGCAUGGAUGACGGCGACGAGAUGCUGGAUGUUUAUGAAGGCACGGAGUUCAAGUGGUGCCUUGUCUGCAAAGACAACAACUCAAAUGACUCCCUCAACGGCAGUCAGAACGAGUCCCAGUUCUUCGAGUUGACCUUCAACAAGAAGCACAAGGACAAAGCCCUCAGAUCGUACCUCCCAUUCAUUUUGGCCACAGCCAAGGCCAUUAAAGCCCAGGAGAGAACUCUAAUGAUACACAUGACUGAGUACGGGAAUUGGUCCCCGAUUGACCUCCACCACCCAUCUACAUUCGACACGCUUGCCAUGGACCACAAGCUGAAGCAGUCCAUCAUCGAUGACCUUAACAGGUUCAUGAAGAGGAAAGAUUACUAUAAGAAGAUUGGCAAGGCAUGGAAGAGGGGGUACCUGCUGUAUGGUCCACCUGGGACUGGGAAGUCAAGCCUAAUCGCAGCCAUGGCCAACCAUCUCAGGUUUGACAUAUAUGAUCUCGAGCUAACUGCGGUCAUGUCCAACUCAGACCUCAGGAGGCUUCUUGUUGGCAUGGACAACCGAUCCAUUCUAGUGAUUGAAGAUAUUGACUGCACCAUCGAACUGAAACAACGGGAGGAGGGUGAGGGACAUGAGGAGUCAAAUUCUACAGAACAAAACAAGGGGGAAGGCAAGGUAACGCUGUCUGGACUGCUCAACUUUGUUGAUGGGCUGUGGUCAACAAGUGGUGAGGAAAGGAUCAUCGUCUUCACAACCAAUUACAAGGAGCGGCUCGACCCAGCACUGCUGCGGCCUGGAAGGAUGGACAUGCACAUCUACAUGGGGUAUUGCACCCCAGAGUCUUUCCAAAUCCUUGCCAACAACUACCACUCCAUCGAGUACCAUGACACGUAUCCAGAGAUCGAGAAACUGAUCAAGGAGGUGACGGUAACACCCGCAGAGGUUGCUGAGGUUCUGAUGAGGAAUGAUGACACUGAUGUUGUGCUCCAUGAUCUUGUCGAAUUCCUGAAGUCAAAAAUGAAGGAUGCCAAUGAGAUCAAGACUGAACAUAAGGAAGCAAAUAGCCAGCUGGAUGAGAAGAAAGAUGACAAGGAUAAUGACAAAAAUUAA